CUCCGAUCACUAUUCCCCCCACUAGUCCCACUCCCCGCUUUUGUUCUCCCAGUCCCAUUCAGCCAUCGCUGCCGAGAGCAACGGAGCCAGCCGGUCGGGAAACCGCGAGCCACCGCAGAGUAGCGGACUCGUAUUACGCAGAAUAAACACCCGUCCGGUCGCCACAUGCUCAGCGCAGUCCGCACAGAGGAUACGCGGCACUCCGUAGUUACAUAACUGGACUAUUUCUUUUUUUUUCUGUCACUGUUUGGGCUUUUUGUCACGCUUUCUCUUUUUCAUCGCACCGAACACUGACCUACCCCCGGUGUCUCAAGUCAAGAUGGAGAACGACGACAAGUACCUCCCCGAGCUGCUGGCGGAGAAGGACAGUCUGGACGCGUCGUUUACGCACGCCAUGAAACUUUUAAACGCAGAAAUUGAUAGAAUCCAGAAAGGCGAGACUAAAAAGGAGGCAGAAGCGUACCUGGACCUUUUCACAACAAAGAACAUCAAACUUAAGGAACGAGUGCUCAUACCUGUCAAACAGUACCCGAAGUUCAAUUUUGUGGGCAAGAUUUUGGGACCUCAGGGCAACACAAUCAAACGGCUACAGGAAGAGACUGGAGCCAAGAUCUCUGUGCUGGGCAAAGGAUCCAUGAGAGACAAAACCAAGGAGGAGGGGCUGAGAAAAGGCGGCGAGCCCAAGUACGCACACUUGUCCAUGGAGCUGCACGUGUUCAUCGAGGUGUUCGCCCCCGUGCCCGACGCCUACCUGCGUAUGGCCCACGCCAUGGAGGAGGUCAAGAAGUUCCUGUUCCCUGAUAUGAUGGAUGAUAUCUGCCAAGAGCAGUUCAUGGAGAUGAGCUAUCUGAACGGAGGCCAGGAGCACGUAGCCCGAGGUCGAGGGGGCAUGCCGGUCAGGGGCCGUGGGAUCCCUCCUGCUGCAGCACACAGGGGUAGGGGAAUGCCUCCUCGCGGUGCUGCCCCCAGGGGAGGUGUGAGUCGAGGUGGCCCAGUGAGGGGCGCCCCUGGAGGCCGAGGAGGACCCCCUGCAGCACCUGCCAGGGGAGCUGUGGCACCCCGCGCCAGGCCCCCAGCUGCUGGACCUCCCCAGAGGAUGGCCCCCCCUCACCAGCACUCAGCCACCACUGGCCCCGAGAGCUACGAUGAAUAUGGCUACGACGAGAGCUACACAGACACGACCUACGAGUCAUACGACAGCUACUACAGUCAGCCGCAGGCAGAGCCAGAAUACUUUGACUACGGACACGGAGAGACCACAGAUUCGUACGAGUCGUAUGGCCAGGAUAACUGGAACGGGACCCAGCAAGUAGGUCCAGGGAAGGCCCCUCCCCCCUCCAGAGGUGCCAAGACGCCUUACCGGGAGCACCCAUACCGACAGUACUGAACCGGACUCGCCACCCCUAACGCGUCGCCCUGACUACCGCCUGUCUCCCACGGCAGCUCUUGCUUUAAGCAGCCCGACAAAAGUAAUUGUCCGUUUUGUCUUUGGUUUGGUCUUUUUUCCUACACCGGACUUAAUACAAGAGAGCAAAUUGGGAACUGAAAAUCGGAACUGGUUUUUGAGAUUUGACAGUGAACUCCCUCCCCCACCCCUACUUUGUCGCACCGGCCAACCACCCAACCAUCCAUCCAACCAACCAAAGCGGCUUUUAGAUGGGUUAGACCGAAGUUGGCAUCCGUUUUUUGUUCUCUCUUUCAUUUAAAUUUUGGUUUAUGUUGCUGUAUUCUUUCUCUGACCCUUUUUACCCCCCUCUGGCUUUUUUGCACUGUUGAUCAUUACUUUUUUAACUGUUUGGGAGUAAUCAUUUCUAGUGGAAUCAGUGGCUCAUUACCCACUUGUCUAAGGAAUCCAUAUUAAAUGUUUUUAAAUACAAAGAAUCUGUCGCGGGUCAGUUGCAGAUUCCCAUUUAGGCUACAUUUCAAAAUUCUGUUAAUAUAGCCAAAUAAAAGACCUUUUAAACUUCCAAUUAUGUAAUAUAGAAACAAAAAAAAAUCUAUCUUAAAUCAAGUGACGGUUAAAGAAUCAAUGUUAAUGGAAUCAGUACAAUUCGUUCUUGAUGAUGGUUUGUUUUUAAAUAGUUCUAAAACGUUGUCCAUUUAGACUUAGGCAGCAAUAUUUGUUCUUGUACUUAGAGUUUUGAAAUAUAGCCCUAAUAGACACUGUUGAGAUGGACUGUCCUCAAAUCCUCAAUUUGUUAUAAAUGUUAAAAAGUUAAUUUUAAGAUUCUGAAAACAAAAUGUUUGUUUAAUAAGAACACGGCCAAGAGAUGGCCUCCUGUUAUGCUAAAUACAGAUCAGGUCUUCAUUCUGUGAUCUGAUUCUCUUUAAACUGCAUGCACAAAGUACUCAAGAAGGAUUGGGACACAAAUCUCCACAUGGGUCUUCUCUUCUAUAGAGAAGGGAUCCUGCAGCUCAAUCCGAACUAUUGUACAUAUUUUAAAACUAACUGUACUUAUUCUGCCACUAGUAUCUGUACCCUCUCCAUAAAAUGCAUUAUGCUACAUGUGUAAGCUUGCCUAAAUAGGUUACUAAAUCUGUCCAAAAGAUGUUUUUGCAGCAGUUUGUCAAUAAAGCUUAGUUUGUUUUUUAUGAAA